ACACGGUCUGCCCGUGAUCUUUGCUCACUCCACGCUUCAUAAUGUCCGGAAUAUUUCUGUUGAAUUUUAAACCGCAAUCGUGCUAAUGAAUAUAAUAUUCAGAGUGUAAUUUUGCAUUUAUUUAUUUUUGGAAGGAGUCAUGUGGGUGUUCGGCUACGGCUCGCUCAUUUGGAAGGUGGACUUUCCCUACGAGGAGAAGCGAAUUGGUUACAUUAGGGGCUUUAGUCGUCGCUUCUGGCAGGGCAGCACCGACCACCGCGGAGUGCCGGGGAAACCCGGCCGGGUGGUGACACUAAUUGAUGACCCUGAGGGUUGCGUUUGGGGCGUGGCCUACAAGCUCCCCACAGGCCGCGAGCAGGAAGUGAAGCGUCACCUGGACCACCGCGAAAAGGGCGGCUACCGCGUGAUGACCGUGGCCUUCCACCCGCGGCCGCCGUUGGCGCCGCCGCCCAGCCAGACCCUGCUCUACAUCGGCUCGCGAGACAACCCCGACUAUCUGGGCCCCGCGCCUUUAGAGGAGAUAGCCAAUCAGAUUGUGUGCUCCACGGGGCCCAGCGGGCAGAACACCGAGUAUCUGUUCGAGCUGGCCGACGCCGUCAGAAACAUCCUACCAGAGGACAACGACGUGCACUUGUUUCACCUGGAGACGCUUGUACGUCAGAGACUCGAGGAUGACAGCUCACCUAAAUCAUCAUCCUAAUAAAUAAAAGUUUUUUUUUUGCUACCCAGUGAAUACAAAGUUCAUGUCUUGAGGAUAGAAUUGUUAACUUGUAUGAGCACAACUUCACGGUUAGAAAUGUUUCAUCUUGUCAGGUUCAUUUGGAUUACGAAACAUGUUUUGCAAAGUUGUUCGUUCGAACAUGCAAAUCAAUGAAUUGGCCUUACCUGGAAGCGAGCGGGCUUUGGAACGUUGACUUUUCUGCUGCGAGACGAGCGCUUGAGCCAGAAGACUGUCCACAAGACUGACCUAAAGAGGACAUCUUUGUGCAGAAUUGCAGAAGAUCCAUUUAUUUAACACAGCAGUAGAAAUGCAUUCAGUUGCUUUUUUUUUUUUCUUAUAGGCUUAAAAUAUAUUCCACGCAAUGAAUUAUUUUUAAAGUAUGCUCGUCACAUUUUCUGCAAAAUGUGACCAUUAUAGCAAGAUUUAUUCGUAAAGCAAUGGACACUAUACAUGUCUCUUACUAUUAUGCUAACAUAAUAAACUGUACAAAUAUUCACAAAACUAAAAUAUUUAUAUUCAGUACACAACAAGUUUGUUAUGUCACUGCUUGACUAAUCAGACAAGAGUUGAAUCUUCACAUGAGGAAUUAGGAGUAGUAAUAUAUUAUGUAAGACUUAGGAAUCGGGGCGUUGGGUUCAGCAACAGGCGGAAUUUGUUUUUGAAACAAACUACAACGCAUGGUAAGAAUUUAUCAUGUGCAAGCUUUUACAAGUCAAAUUUCAGAA